CGAACAACGGUCGAUAAAAGGGCAAAAGCGAAAAAAAUCAAACAAAUGAAAACAUCUCAACAACAACAUCGUUGCGGUUCGACACUAGUACAAACCAUCAAUGCUCCAUUGCCUCUGGUGUGGUCAAUACUACGACGUUUUGACUACCCGCAAGCCUAUAAACAAUUCGUGAAAACGUGCGAUCUAAGCUCCGGCGAUGGAGGAGAAGGCUCUGUCCGUGACGUGACGGUGGUUUCCGGUCUUCCGGCGGGUUACAGCAUAGAGAGGUUAGAUGAGCUAGACGAUGAGUCUCACGUAAUGGCGAUUAGCAUUAUUGGCGGUGACCACCGUCUCCUUAAUUACCGGUCUAAAACGACGGCGUUUGUGGCGGCAGAGGAGGAGGAGAAGACGGUGGUGGUGGAGAGUUAUAUGGUGGAUGUGCCGAAAGGAAAUAGUGUGGAGGAAACAACGUCCUUUGCUGAUACCAUCGUUGGGUUUAAUCUUAAGUCAUUGGCUAAGCUCUCGGAGAAUAUGGCACCCAAGCGAAAAUCGUAGUUCUAAAAUUUGUAGUAGUUAAGUUAUAGUUUUAAAGUUGUAAGAAUUAAAACCCUUAUUCAAGGAGAGUUUAGAACUUUAGAUAGUAAU